UUUAGGAUUCUCUCCAAGACAUUGUAGUUUAGAUUCAGUUUUAUGACUGACCAGGGUUACUACCUGGGGCAAAUGAAAAUCGACAGCUUGGGACACAGAUGUCAAGAUCACGUCUACUUGAUGACCAGCCAUAUUUCCCUGCCCAAAGCAGAAGUCACCAGGGUGGGCUAUCCAGCUAUUAAGCCAUUAAUGAGAGCAGCACAUGUGAAUGAGAAGCUGCAAGCCCCCUGUCUGCCCUGGCAUAUGGAGCAAGAGCAACCUUUCUUGUCUGAAAGGGGAUGUGCAUGGGGGAGAGGAGGGAGCACAGCCAGCAGAUGUGGCCCCAGAGAAGAAAAAAACAAACCAUGUCAGACAGCACAGUGGGUCCACCUGGAAAUUGUGCAGCAAGUAUUUCCAAGAUGGGAAGUGCAUCUUGUGCUUCUUCUAGGCCACAUCAGUCAUAGGCGUUCAGCUCAGAUCAAGCCAUCGUGUCCCCUUGGGCAAGUUGGCCCUGCAAAUCCAGACAUAUGAUUUGGGGUGAUUCAGCAUGGGGAGUUGCAGGGCAAGGGUGGGCUUGGCUGUAAGAAAAUGCAUGGCAGAGGAGCAAUGGCUGUGAGCACGGCAGGGACAGAGCAGGAACAUGGACCCAGGCCCCCAAACCCAUCCACCCUCUGCUUGGCCUCCUGCUUCCCUUUCAGCUGCACGGGACCAGUCCCACAACCUACACUGAAACCUCUUCUGUGGAUUCACACCUCAUAGUUUGGAAAAAAAUCACUCUGCAGCACAGCUGCUUUCAGGAGGUUUGGGGAGACACUGGGACAAGACGAGCUGUCCCCACUCUGUCCUCAAGAGUGACAGUGCUCUGGCACCUUUGUUCUGGCCCCAGGAACAGGGAGGGAAUGGCUGGUGACAAAGUGCGUCCCACAGGACUCCAAUAUAUCAUCUUAAUGGGGGAACACGCUGAUUCAGGUGCUCAUGAGAAGUACUCAUUUUAUCACAUCUGAUUAGGUGUUUAGUGCUCAAAGAGUUUAAACAUUAAUAUUUUGCUAUUUAAGCAACGUGCUCUAGUGCAGCCUGGACAUAGAGGUAUGCACCAUGGCUGAGUUUGGAGAUUUUAUAAGUGCUCUGAGGGAGUUUGGGCUACAUCAGAAAUGGCUAGUACUGUUGCUCUCUCUCCCACUGCUUCUUAACCCUUUCCAAAUGAUUGGCCAAGUGUUCAUAGUCGUGGACGUGCCUCAUUACUGCAACACCAGCUGGAUCCGUGCCGUCGGCCCCAACCUGACCGAGGAGGAGCAGCUGAACCUCACCCUGCCCCGCGACGCGGACGGGGCGUACGAGCAGUGCUCCAUGUACUCGCCCGUGGACUGGGACCUCGGCUCCAUCGUGGCGUACGGCCUGAACGCCACGGAGAAGUGCAGCAGUGGCUGGGUGUACCCCUCAGCACAGCAGCCGUCCCUGCUCACUGAGGUCUGUAAAUGCCUUUUGACGCCCUGGGGACGUGGAGGGGAAGGGAUGGACGGGAGCCUCCCGUCCUGCACUUUGCGCAAGGCCAAGGCACCGGCGGUGCAGCUGGGCGAGAGCCCGGGCACCCACCUCCUGUCCCCACCCGGGGCCAGACGUGCUGCCCAUCCUGAGAAAGCAGCUGCCCAGCUGGGACCUGGCAGGAGCAAAAGCAGCUGUGUUUCCCUCCUCCAGUUUGACCUCGUGUGCGACAGGAAGGACCUGAAUGACAUCUCCCAGUCUGUCUACAUGCUGGGACUGUUCCUGGGAGCCAUGAUCUUUGGGCCACUAAGCAACAGUGACUCUGUUCAGCUCUUGAUGACCCUGGCCAGAGUCCUCAGCUCCCAUGAGCCCAGGGCCACACAGGGGACAUGGAAUGGAGAAGGGCACAAGGUAACAUGGGAGUCCUUCAAGGGCAUGUUACUUUACCCUUUGCUGGUAUCACAUCUGGUCAGAAGUGGCGAUGCUGUUUUUGCUGUCUUUUCCUCCCUGGGUCAAGGAGCUCUAUUCACACAGGAGUCAAACCCCUGGUGUGAACGGUUCCCAAAUCAUCGUGCAUCCCUCUGGAUUCCCAUGGGGUCUCUCCAGAUACCUACAGUAACUUCCUUCUUCCUCCAUAGGAUCGGACGCCGGCCAGUCCUUCUGAUCUCCAUCUUCAUCCAGAGCUUGUUUGGUUUAGGAAUUGUCUUUGUGCCCCAUUUCUAUGUAUACAUGGCCUUCAGAUGUGUCGUGGCAACUGCUGUGCCAGGAAUUCUGAUUACUGCCUUGGCCUUAGAUGAGGACAGGACAGCCAAUCCAGAAGAUGCUGUCAGCCCCAGAAAGGGAUAUGAAGAACUGUCAAAUGUGUCCCUACUGUUCUCUUCUCCUCAGCUCCUGAAGAGUUUUUCUCCAGGGGAAACACACUGCUUGAAUAAGGGGAAAUCACUCACAACGAUGACCCUUAGUUUCUGUACUUCUUUUCAGGUACAGAAUGGGUUGGGGGACUCCUAUCGACCACGUGCAGUGCUUAUUACUCACUGCUGUUUUGCCAUUGGACAAAUGAUUUUGGCUGGCUUGAGCUAUGGGAUUCGUAACUGGAGGUUGCUGGAAAUUGCAGGAUCUGCUCCUAUGUUUGCCCUUUUCUUCUUCGUCUGGGUGCUACCAGAGUCGGCUCGGUGGCUGGUGACAAAAGGCAAAAUAGAAGAAGCUAAGAAGGUCCUUCAGAAGGCAGCAUCCAUCAAUAAGCGCACCAUCCCACCAGGACUCCUUGAGCAGCUGAAGUGUGAGACACAGGCUAAGUCUGGAAGUUUUCUGGAUCUCCUUCGGAAGAAGCACCUCCGGAAGGUGACUUUAAUCAUGUCGUGUGCCUGGUUCGUUAACAGCCUUGUCUACUAUGGUCUGAGUCUGAAUGUGACUAAUUUUGGUCUGGACAUCUACCUGACACAGCUUGCAUUUGGAGCAGUGGAAAUCCCAGGCCGUGUUGGUUGUAUCUUCCUGCUGCAGUGGUUUGGGAGGAGGAAAUCCCAGGCUGGCACCCUGCUGCUGAGUGGCCUGGUGUGUCUGAUCAUCACUGGCAUCCCUGAAGGUGAGCAGCCUCUUCUUGUCUUGAGAGAUCAGCUUCUGGGGCAGGAAGCUGACAGCCCCAGCACUUCCCUUGCUGGUGAAGGUCCCAUCCUCCCAAUCCGUCUGGCUGCAGUCCCACAUCCUGUGGCGAUCACUGUCCUGGCCACCAUUGGCAAGUUUGCUGCCUCAGCCUCCUCCUCCUCCUUCGUCUACUCCGCAGAGCUCUUCCCCACCAUCAUCAGGCAAAGUGGCGUGGGGCUGUGCUCCAUGGCAGCGUGGGUGGCGGGGAUCAUCGCCUCGCUGAUCCGCCUCCUGGAGCAGUACCACCGGGCCGUCCCCAUGGCCGUCUUCAGCAGUGCCCCCGUGCUGGGGGGGCUGCUCUGCUUCCUGCUGCCUGAGACCCGCGGCGCCGAGCUGGUGGAUGACAUGAGGGGUGGCCGCACCGCAGCAGAGAGACAUGUUUCUGACAACACAGGUGUGGAUACCCCGCCAACAGAUUUUGGAGACUUUGUCCAAAACAGACACUAAAGAGCAUGGGGUAGACUCAGAACAUGUAGUCUGAAGAUGCUUGUAGAGCAAGUGAUGAAUGAACAGGCACAUUCUAAAGGUCUACUGUGAUGGAGUCUUUUUUAUAGCAGAACAAUGAGGCGCUGCUGUCUGGACACUGGUCUUGCAGCUGAUCAACAAACCAACUUUAUUCGUUGUCAGAGGGAGAGGAGAUCUGUGUCACUCUGCGUUUGGAAAAGAUGCACUUCGAACUGUUCUCGAGACCCGGCCUGUUAUGCCUGGCUGUGCGAGUCCUCCCCGACGUGUUUCCCAGUCCUUUGCAAACUGGUACCCGUGGAACCAUCCCUGUCGUGUUUUACAGCAAUAAGGAAUUGCCAGUAGAGUGGUAUUACUGGGCAAGCGAGCACCGGACUGUGUCCCUCCUGCACUAAUCGCUUGGGUCGUCAGCCUUCGCGGCGGCCCGAGCCUCGCCGUUUGAUCAGGAUGUCACUGAAACCCUGUCACACACGUAUUUAGGUUGUAUUUCUAUGUGGUGUUGAAUUUGAAUUUCUACAUGAAUAAUAUAAAUUAUACUUUGCGUUUGAUAAGAGACACUUGUAAUGCAAUAUGUGAAUAAUAAAUGGUGUUGAUUUUUUUUU